AUGAUCGUGUACCGCGGGGCGCCCGAGCCGCUGACGCCCCCGCACUCCAGCCCCGAGAGUCUGCCCGUGGACCACCGCUUCCCGCCCUCGCUCCUAGCGAGCAUCCCCAAGUGCGGCGGCUGCCAGCAGCUCAUCCUGGACAGGUUCAUCCUGAAGGUGCUGGACCGCACGUGGCACGCCAAGUGCCUCAAGUGCAGCGAGUGCAGCGGACAGCUGAGCGACAAGUGCUUCGCGCGCAACGGCCAGGUCUUCUGCAAGGAGGACUUCUUCAAGCGCUACGGGACCAAGUGCGCGGGCUGCGAGCAGGGAAUCCCCCCCACGCAGGUGGUGCGACGCGCGCAGGAGCACGUGUACCACCUACAGUGCUUCUCCUGCGUCAUGUGCAGCCGGCAGCUCAACACGGGGGACGAGUUCUACCUCAUGGAGGACCGCAAACUCGUCUGCAAGCCGGACUACGAGGCCGCCAAGUCCAAAGACGGUGCGUGCCUGGACGGGGACCAGCCGAACAAGCGGCCGCGGACGACGAUCACGGCGAAGCAGCUGGAGACGCUGAAGCUGGCGUACAACAACAGCCCCAAGCCGGCGAGGCACGUGCGCGAGCAGCUCAGCCAGGACACCGGCCUCGACAUGCGCGUCGUCCAGGUCUGGUUCCAGAACAGAAGAGCGAAGGAGAAGCGGCUGAAGAAGGACGCGGGCCGGACGCGCUGGAGCCAGUACUUCCGGUCGAUGAAGGGCGGGUCGUCGCCGCGGCAUGACAAGCUGCACGACAAGGACGACAAGCUCGACCUCGACUCCAACUUCAGCCACACGCACGACCUGAAUAGCAAUGACAGCUACAGCACGGUGGUGAAUAUGGGCAUGGACGGUGAGGGAUCGAGCCCGCAGUCAGGCAGCAGCCGUCCUGCAGGGCACUUCCUGCAUGGAGGCGGCACCGGCCCCGGCACACCGCCCUACCUGUCGGCCAGCCACUCCCCCACAGCACUGGGACCUGCCUUCCCGUAUGCUGGUGACGGUCUCGCUGUCUACACCACGCUCGGUCAAGGACCACCUCCAGGGCACCUCCCACCAGGCCACCCUGGCCUGGCUAGUGGUCCAGCCUCUGAUCUCAGCAACAGCAGCAGCACUCACGGAUACCCCGAUUUUCCACCGAGUCCUGACUCCUGGCUGGGCGAAGUCGGAUCAGCACCCCCACCAGGUCCACCGGGGCCACCUGCACCGCAGCCAUACUGACCCCGCCACCCUACUGCCAGGCAUCGGCCUGCAUCCUAGUGACUGUCUAAUGAGAGUGGAAAGCUGCACAGUUGAUUCCUGCACAGACUGUUAUUAAAUUGCAUUAAGUUGUCUAUUGGGCUAAGAUUGCAGGAAUAUUUCAGCUACUAUCUCUGGGUUGUGGAAAGUGGUGUACACUUCUGUAUAAUAGACACUGUACCCUAAAAUUCGUGUGGAUGGAACACUAAGAAUUUUUAUUUAUUUCCUUUGGCUGUGGUGCACCAUGCAGCAAAUAACUAAUUUCGUGAAUACCACAUCUGGCACACAAUUCACUGCAUAUCUCCACUUUAUCAGAUGCCAUAUUUGCUGUAACAAUUUUUCGAAACAACAUAGUUUUGGUGUCAAUAGCAACAAUGGCUCUAAAUUUUGAUGUGACUUUGUCCUAAUACUGUUCCAUUAUUCAUCAAAAGAUUUAGAUAUUUUUCAGUAAGAAGAAGUUUCAUUUCAUCUGACUUGUUUUGCUUAGU